GCAACUCUCUUCUAUCAAAGAUAGCCCACUCAACUCUAUGUCCAAGCAAAGCAACCAAAAAAAAAAACUUCAGCUCCUCUUACCUCUAGCUAGCAAUGAAUGACACAGUUGACAAGCUAGUAAUUUUCUUGGCAAAGAGAGAUGGAAUUGACAAACUUGUCAAGACAUUCCAAUACGUAUCCAAGCUCGUAAAUUGGCACGUCGAGAAAACUUACCCUGAAUUUGCCACUAGAGCUAAGCAAUGGGAAGUUGCUUCUGGCCUCAGUCGAAAAGCCUUCCGAAGUGGUCGAUUCCUCACUGGAUUCAAUGCCCUCCGAAGGAGCCCCGGCACGUCCUCAGGUUUCAGGCUGCUAGCAGUUCUUGCCAAUUCAGGAGAGAUGGUCUAUUUCUUCUUUGACCAUUUUCUCUGGCUGUCGCGAAUCGGAGUUAUGGAUUCUAAAUAUGCAAAAAGGAUGAGCUUCAUUUCUGCAUUUGGUGAGUCUGUUGGAUACGUGUUUUUCAUUAUCUCGGAUUUUAUUCUCAUUUCAAGGGGCCUAAAAGCAGAAAGGAAGCUUUUGACUGAAGAGGAGGAGUCUAAGGAAACAGAAGGCGAAAUCAAGAAAAUUAGAAUGGAUAGAAUUAUGAGACUGAUGGCUGUGGCAGCUAAUAUAGCUGACCUUAUAAUUGCUUUGGCUGAAAUUGAACCAAAUCCAUUAUGCAACCAUACUGUUACUUUAGGCAUUAGUGGCUUAGUUUCUGCAUGGGCUGGUUGGUAUAGAAACUGGCCCUCCUGAACAUACAUAAGUUAUCAGAUUGAUGGCGAAUUUCAAAGCAUAUGAAUGUAACAAACUUCAGUUAUAUAUGAUCAGCGGGAGCUUAAACGUUCUGAUUUACUACUAUACAUGUAAGAGUUGAGGCUUUUCUUUU